AGACAUUCGUGGCUGCAGGCAGGCUCUAAAAUUUACGCACGACUUUUCGCGGUGUUGAUGUACUGGGCGGGCGCUGAAAUGACAUGAGGACAAAAGUUGUCCCGUUGGAAUUGUAGUCCAUAUCAUACCUCAAGUGGUCCAGGAAGCUAGCUAGUUUCUCUUUAUUUGUGAUUCGCAAGGAUAACCAGUUGGAGGGAGUUUCGCUCCUCUCUUCCAUUGAUAGACACAAAUUGAAGCUGCCAAGAGGCAAGUCAGACCGAAAUAGUCCGAAAAUGCCUCCCAUCGACAAUGACACCGGGAGGAAUGAACUAAAAUCUCGGAUACAGGAGCUUAUUGAUUCUAAUCAAGUGUUGGUAUUCAGUAAAAGCUACUGCCCAUUUUGUGUGAAGGUAAAGGAUCUGUUCAAGGAUCUGAACGUGAACUGCAAUGUGGUGGAGUUGGAUUUAAUUGAGGAUGGAUCAAACUAUCAAGAACUGCUGCUUGAGAUGACCGGGCAGAAAACUGUCCCCAAUGUCUUCAUCAACAAGACACACGUCGGUGGCUGUGACAAAACAAUGAAGGCCCACAAAGAUGGUGUCCUGCAGCAGCUGCUGUGCGGGGAGAAUGAGGUAUACGACUAUGACCUCAUCGUCAUCGGGGGCGGCUCAGGAGGGCUAGCAUGCUCAAAGGAGGCAGCGUUGCUGGGCAAGAAGGUGAUGGUGUUGGACUAUGUGGUGGCCACGCCGAAAGGGAACACAUGGGGCCUGGGCGGCACAUGCGUGAACGUGGGCUGCAUCCCCAAGAAGCUGAUGCACCAGACAGCUCUGCUAGGGACUUCCAUUCAGGACGCCCGCAAGUUUGGCUGGGAGUUGCCGGAGGAGACAGUGAAGCACAACUGGGAGACGAUGAAGACGGCGGUGAACAACUACAUUGGCUCGUUGAACUGGGGCUACCAGGUGGCGCUGCGCGACAAGAACGUCAACUACGUCAACUCCUACGCUGAGUUCAUUGAGUCGCACAAAAUCAAGGCGACCAACAAGCGAGGGAAGGAGACCUUCCAUACGGCCGCAAAGUUUAUCCUGGCGACAGGCGAGAGGCCGCGUUACCUGAGCAUCCCCGGAGACAAAGAGUACUGCAUCACCAGCGACGACCUGUUCUCUCUGCCCCACUGCCCUGGCAAGACCCUGGUGAUCGGGGCGUCCUACGUGGCGCUGGAGUGCGGGGGUUUUCUGGCGGGCCUGGGCCUGGAUGUGACAGUCAUGGUACGCUCCAUCCUCCUGAGGGGCUUCGACCAGGACAUGGCCAACCGUGCCGGCAAGCACAUGGAAGAGCAUGGUGUAAAGUUCCUCCGGAAGUACGUCCCCGUCAAGGUGGAGGAGCUGGAGGCAGGUACUCCUGGGAGGCUGAAGGUGACAGCCAAGAGCACGGAGGGAGACGAGACCAUCGAGGGAGAGUACAACACUGUGUUGAUAGCCGUGGGGCGCGACGCCUGUACAGGAAAGAUCGGCCUGGAUCAAGCCGGGGUCAAAGUCAACCCCAAGAAUGGUAAGAUCCCGGUGAACGACGAGGAGCAGACCAACGUGCCGCACAUCUACGCCAUUGGAGACAUCCUGGAGGGCAAGUGGGAGCUGACGCCCGUGGCUAUCCAGGCUGGCAAGCUGCUGGCACGCCGUCUGUACGCGGGCGCCUCGCUCAAGUGUGACUACGUGAAUGUUCCCACCACGGUGUUCACCCCUCUGGAGUAUGGCGCCUGUGGGCUGUCUGAGGAGAAAGCUCUGGAGCUGUACGGCCAAGACAACCUGGAGGUGUACCACAGUCUCUUCUGGCCUCUGGAGUUCACCGUCCCCGACAGGGACAACAACAAGUGCUACUCAAAGAUCAUCUGUAAUAAAUUGGACAAUGACCGUGUGAUCGGGUUCCAUUACUUGGGGCCCAAUGCGGGAGAGGUGACGCAGGGCUUUGGCGUGGCCAUGAAAUGUGGCCUGACCAAAGAGCAGCUGGACAACACCGUUGGCAUACACCCCACCUGCGCUGAGAUCUUCACCACCAUGGAGGUGACCAAGAGCUCGGGCGGUAACAUCACCCAGACGGGCUGCUGAGGUUAAACCCUGCUUGUUUAACGGGCUGUCCUGUUCUCCAUAUUAGAUCUCUCACCUCGUAGCUCUGCGCCAACCUGGCCCCCUCAAAUUCUAUACCCAAGACCAAUCACUUCUCAGGAAAAACCAAUACGGUGAUCAGAAACGGGGGGGGGGGGGGGGGGGGGAGUCUGAACGGAUGAAACAGUGGGUCAGUAUAAUACUGUCUGUAGGAUUGAGCCAAUAAAUGCUCUGAGGGGGCCUGUAGCGUGGACAUAAAAGACAACAUAAUACGAGGUGAUUAACUAUCUAUGGGACAGCCUGCUAGAUAGCGGGGUUACUCUGCUGCUUUCACAAUGCACCCUGUGUGUGUCUUCCUCAGAGGCGCACCACCCCUCUCUAGGGAUGGGUGAGUGCUGUUUGACGUGCUGGCCCUUAACCCAAUCACUGUGGUGGGCUAGAACUGAUGUCCCUCUGUCCAAAGACACCAGGGGUGAACCGAACCCUUCGUCCAAACUUAAACACCCACAUAUAUAUAUAUAUACACAGAAUAUCACAAAAGUGAGUACACCCCUCACAUUUUUGUAAAUAUUUGAGUAUAUCUUUUCGUGUGACAACACUGAAGAAAUGACACUUUGCUACAAUGUAAAGUAUUGAGUGUACAGCUUGUAUAGCAGUGUAAAUUUGCUAUCCCCUCAAAAUAACUCAACACAGCCAUUAAUGUCUAAACCGCUGGCAACAAAAGUGAGUACAAAAGUGUCAUUUCUUCAGUGUUGUCACAUGAAAAGAUAUACUCAAAUAUUUACAAAAAUGUGAGGGGUGUACUCACUUUUGUGAUAUACUGUAUGUAUAUAUAUAUAUAGAUAUAUAUAUAUAUAUAUAUAUAUAUAUAUGCAGAUACAUUUAUACACACGUCUACAUAUAUACACACUUGCGUAUAAUGACUCCUGUAGUAUGUUAACAACAGCUAGCACACAUCCAGGGUUUGACUGAAUGGAUACAAUAAUUCUCUGAUCCAGUGUGGUGGAAACGCCUGGUCAUUUUUACUCGGUGGAAGUUAACUAUUAUGUCCUAAGAUAUGUUUAUAUUCUUUUGUCAUCACGUCUCUUCUCUGGCAAGCCAUCAACAUUCCAGACAUUAUUUCUCAUCAGAAGUGUAUAUUGUCCGAUAUCUCAGAAAUGGAAAAUUGAAAUCAAGUUUAAUGUGGGGCAAUGAAUGUUUAAAAAUAUACAUUUUUAAAUAUCAGUAUUUCUCAUGGUGUCGAACUUGCCGUUUCUCCACAUCGGGAUCGUCGACUUUAGAUUUAAAGACGACUCCCAAUUCCAACUUCUACCAAAGUGUUAACCAGAAAGGUGCAUGUAGGAGAAGUCAAAAGAAAGAGCCUCUGAACCAUCAUUCAAAUCUCUGUCCUGCUUCAGAAAACACUGUUAGUAAUUCCAAUAACUGAAUACAUAAAACAUGAAUUGUAGUGAUUUAUUUUAUAUAUUUGACACACACGCACACACACUUUAAAAGUUCAGUGGAUAAUUAAAUAAAUGCUUCUAUUGUAUCAGUUUGAUCUUGCUGUUUUGUUUGCCUCUGUGUUGUGUAUGUAAAAUGUAUCCAAUCUGGUAGAGGACAGUAUUUAAGAGUUAUUUUCUGCCUACUGUUGAGCAGUGACACCGGUCAAAAUGUAUAAAUGACUGCUUCACUGGUAUCACCGUUUUUGUAGAUUACUUUUAUUAAAGUCUUGAAAGACAAUGUCAACAUGCAAA